AUCUUCUCAAGUUCUCAGUUGCCUUUGCGACGUGAAACGAUACUUGUCUCAGUAUUAAGGCAGUCUAAGUUGUAAGGCAGUGGAAAGUUCAAUUCGCCAGCAACUCGCUGAUCUUUGUGAGCCGGGUUGUGAUUACAAAAAAAAAAAAACAAAAAAACAAAAUAAGAAAAAAAAAACAACGAAAAAAAGGCAUAAGCACAAAAUUUCUCUAUCAUCAAUACGGAUUUGGUUAUUAAUUAUUUCUUAAUUAAUGCAAACGUGUUGUGGUCAUUAACUGCUGAGCCAAUGAGUUUAACUGAAUUCGUUAAAUUUGAACACAAAGGCAUUUAUUGAGUUAUAAAAUACGAAGUUAAUUGUAUUAAAAAAUUGCAUUUACAUAUCGCACUUUUUGUGUGUAAGAUUUGAUUUAAUUUGACUUAAUAAAAAUAAAUAUAAAAACUAAAAAAGCAAUAACAAAAACUUAGCUAAAGCAACGAAACUGGAAUCAGAAUCACAAAAGAGAAAACUACAGUAGCAGCAAUACAUGAAGAGAAGCACCUUUAGAAUAGCGCUAAUAACACUAAAACAACAACAACAAUACUUAUUUUGGUAUUAGCAGACACUGGGACCAGCUUCAGUCCAAUAUGAUAAAACCGGUGUUAAUUAGCGUCAUUUGCGUUGCUGCUUUUUUGUGCGGUUUAUCAUCGGCACAAUUCUAUUUCCCCAACGAAGCUACUGAUGUGCCCAACUUUGGACGCUGUAUCACGCCGAACCGCGAGCGUGCGCUGUGCAUCGUCCUGGAUGAUUGUAAAUAUUUGUUCAAUUUGCUGCUUUCCACGCCGCUGCUUGAUUCGGAUAGGCUGUAUUUGAGUCGGAGUCAGUGCGGCUACCAAAAUGGCAAAGUGCUGAUUUGUUGUCCUGAUCGUUACCGAAAUUUCGUUACUAUACCUUCGGUAACACCAACCACACAGGCACCACCUGUCACUCCCAGCAACCUGCUGCCACAGCCUGGCCAGUGCGGCAACGUCUUAUCGAAUCGUAUCUAUGGCGGCAACGUAACGAAAAUCGACGAAUUCCCCUGGAUGGCACUUAUAGAGUACACAAAACCUGGCGGCAGAAAAGGACACCAUUGUGGUGGCUCGCUAAUAAACUCACGCUACGUCAUCACGGCUUCACAUUGCGUCAACGGCGUAGCUAUACCGAGCGAUUGGUCAUUGACUGGCGUGCGGCUUGGCGAAUGGGAUACCACCACCAACCCCGAUUGUGAGAUUGAUGUACGCGGCGAAAAGGAUUGUGCGCCACCAUAUUCGGAUGUGCCAGUGGAGAAGGCAAUAGCACAUCCACAAUAUGUUCCAGAGUCGAGAAAUCAAUUUCACGAUAUUGCACUAUUGCGGCUCACUAAAAGUAUUCAAUACACCGACUUCAUACGGCCCAUUUGUUUGCCGGCGAGUGCCAAUCUACGAUCGGCUACUUUUGAUGGCAUCGUAAUGGAUGUGGCUGGCUGGGGAAAAACGGAGACUGAAUCGACCAGCUCACUUAAGCUGAAAGCAGAGGUCGCUGGCGUGCCUAUGAGCAAAUGCCGUGAGAAAUAUGCAACAGAAAAAAUUUCACUGGAAUCAACACAAAUAUGCGCUGGUGGAAAAGAAGGAGUGGAUUCAUGCCGCGGCGACUCUGGCGGACCACUGAUUAGCUUGGAUAAUACAAAGAAAGCACUAUCUUACUACUUUUUAGCGGGUGUUGUGUCGUUCGGACCAACACCCUGUGGCCUAGACGGCUGGCCGGGGGUCUACACCAGAGUAGGCGACUAUAUGGAUUGGAUUCAAGAGACAAUUCAGCCAUAAGCUUCAUGAAAACCAUCAAUAUUAUAAUUAAGAGUUUACAUUUAAAUUGAAUAUAUAAUUAAAUAUAUUUUUAUUUAAAAAAAUUAUUUAAUAAAAAAUAACUUUACCUGUA